AUAUAUGUCCGUGAUCCAUCGUAGACCUUGUUGACAGUGGACCCUCCACUCCACAGCCUUCAAAACAUUCGUACUCUGCAGAUCCAGUGGGAAAGAAAAAAUCCAGUUAUUCUCCGACCUUACCCUUCACCAAUUCGUUCCCGUAUCGAGCUUGGUUUAGCGAGAGAUCGGACUCCUUUGAAUUGUUAAGUUGUCCGGGAGGCGACGAUGGCUGUAACGACACUCCACCAGACGUUCAAGACACAGGUGACCCCUGCCCGCAUGUUCAAGGCCCUGAUCCUCGACUCCCACAACCUCUGCCCCAAGCUCAUGUUCUCCUCCGUCAAGAACAUCGAGUUCGUCGAAGGCGACGGAGAUGUCGGGAGCAUCAAGCAGAUCAACUUCACUGAAGCUAGUCCAAUGAAAUACAUGAAGCACAGGAUCGAUGCGCUGGACAAGGAGAGGUUCAUGUGCAAGUACACUCUGAUUGAGACCGACCCGUUCAUGGACAAGCUCGAGUACGUGACCUACGAGGUCAAGUUCGAGCCCUACGGUCUCCGGGGAUGCCUCUGCAGGCUGACCAGUGAGUACAAGGCGAAGGAGGGCACGGUGAUCAAGGAGGAGGAUAUUGAGCAUGGCAAGGACCGCGCUAUCGGGAUGUACGAGGUCGUGGAGGCCUACCUUAUGGCCCAUCCCCACGCCUACGAGUGAUAGUGUGAUUGAUUUCUUUCCUGACCAUAUGUUAAAUGGUACACGAAAUGUGAUCUGAAUCAAUCUUCUCUUUUUCGUUCUGUGAAUUCUUGGGUUUGAUUAAUCUGCUUCAUUCCUUCUUUCUUUCUGAUACAUGGAUCUGUGUGAAUUAUGAUCCAUUGAGAAGAUCUAAGAGGCUCUUCUCUUCUUCACCUACCUGUAAAUUUUCGGUUCUUGUGCGUCGAUAACUGCAUUUAAAUCUUUGCAAUUCGAACUUGAUGGGCGUAGUAA